AAGGCAUGUUGGUUCAAGCCCGUCGGACUCAAACCUACGGUCUCCGCGCCCAAGAUUGCUUCUUUAUGGCUGCGGCGGCGAACCAGGCAAUGACAAACACGUGCGGGAAGGAAUUCCAACCACCAGCUCGGGUGGGCAUCGACACGGGCUUGAUGGGCGCUGAUCUCGUGCGCCACGCCGUCGACGGGGCAGAGCUGGUGGAUGAGAAGGAGGAGGACGAGGGCCAAGGCCCACUUACGUCCGAGGAGGUGGAGGACCAAGGCCGCCACCGCAUGGCACGCGGCCGAGAGCGGCAGGACCGUGCCCCUUCCCCGAUGGUGCGGGUCCGCGUCGACGGCACUCCCGACCUGAUCCUGCCCCGGACAGAGUUGACUGACGUCGGCUGGGAAACCCGGGCCAUGCGCCACAGGCAGGCGCAGAUCACCACCAACGUCCGGAAGCUGGUUCGCGCCGAGCAGAACCGCACCGUCACCAUGCUGGAGCGCCGCCUCUGCGGGCUGGAUUUCAAGAACCUCUGCAGGCAGCCCUUCGCCGAUCUGCCCCUGGUGGGCGGGCCGUCCGUGGGGCGUGCGCUCGCACGCGAGUAGGCGCAGUGCAGAGCCGAGCAGCGACGGCUGCAGCAGCGAGCUGGCGCACGUCGCGCAGGCGUGGACGCAGGACAGGUCUGGUUGUCGCUUUGCGCGCGGGUGGUAGCUGGCCAUAGGGGGGGGGGGAUCCCCGUCGGGGAGA